GCCAUAAAAUUAUUUAAAAAAAAAAAGACAAUCCAAACUCAAACCUCAAUAUAAAAAUAUGAGCUAUUAAUACCAUAAUCAAUUUACACCUUUUUGAUUGUAUUUAUUUAACGUUAUUUAUUUAAUAAUUCACAGUGUACAGUAAUUAUUAACUCUCAAUUAUACAAAUCCCUAGUCGAAAUAAAAUCUAGUGCUCGUGAGGACAAACAUGUCUCAUCAGACAGGAAUUCAAGCAAAUGCACAACUUCAAAAAUAUUUUAGCAAAUGUAGAGAGGGAAAAAUAAGACUUUUGAAAGUUAGCAUUGAGGAUGAACAACUAACAUUGUCAUCGCACCAACCAGUAAAAGGGACUUGGGAGCAGGAUUUUGAUAAAUAUCUACCACCUCUGAUUGUUGAAGAUCUACCCUGUUACAUACUUUAUAGGUUUGAUUCAACAAAUUCUCUAGGAUAUGAAUGGUUACUACUCAGUUGGUCACCUGACAGUGCUCUAGUCAGACAUAAAAUGUUAUAUGCCUCUACCAAGGCCACAUUGAAGCAGGAAUUUGGGUCUUCACACAUCAAAGAUGAAAUUCAUGCUACAGUAAAGGAUGAAGUAUGCCUCAAAGGUUACAAAGCACAUGUAAGUGGCGUGAAUGCUCCUGCACCUCUCACGGACAGAGAAGAGGCUUUGAAAGAAUUGAAUGAGAGUGGAAAAGGCCCUAACUAUGGCACGGAUGCGAGACAGUCAACAAUGGGCGGGAUUGCUUUCCCAAUAACAGAGUCAGCCAAGCAGGGUAUAAUUGAUCUCCAACGCGGUUCCUACAAUUACUUACAAUUUACGAUUGAUUUAGAAGAUGAAAAGAUUUGUUUAGCGAAAGCGGCAAAUAUUAGUUUGGCAGAGCUCCCUUCGCAAGUGCCGAGUGAAGAGGCAAGAUAUCAUCUAUAUAUAUUCAAACAUACACACGAAGGAGAUCCACUUGAUAGCAUAGUAUUCAUCUACUCCAUGCCAGGGUACACUUGCAGUAUAAAGGAGAGAAUGAUGUAUUCCAGUUGUAAAGGAAACUUCCUUGAACUUAUUGAAUCUAUGGGAGUACUGGUUUCAAAGCGGGUGGGUGUCGAUGAAGGGAAGGAACUAACAGAGGAAUUUUUAUAUGACGAAAUUCAUCCGAAAGUAAAUUUGCACAGACCAGCAUUCGCUAAGCCAAAGGGGCCGCCCAAUAGAGGCGCCAAACGAAUCACAAAAACUCAAUCAACGCAGUAAAGCAAUAAAAAUAUACGAUAUUGAAGUAUUUAUAUGCGAGAUCUAUGUAUAUUUUACAACGACAUAAAGUGUCCCAUAAAUCAAUGUCAGGCUGUAUCGAUUGGGCAGGUUGUUAACCCCCAGAAAAAAAAAUUGUCACAUAUUUUUUCAAAUUAUUGCCAUUAUAAAUAACUUAUAUACCCUGUGAUCUAACUAUUUGUGUUGAAAAACAAUUUA